AUGCUCGUUCUUCGAGCCGAACGCCAAGCACGGGGAAGACGGGCUCAUGGUCCGACGCGAUCACUUCCUGUACCGCAGCGAAGGCAAAGCACUUGCACCUCCAUGGUUAUGCCGGACGCGACAGACAUCUCGGCCGGAGCCCAGCUCUUGCUGGCUUACUCGGACGAGGCCACCGCAGCGGCGAAAUCAGUUUCCGGCAUGGAGCAGAUGAUCGGAAUAGCGGGCGUGGGCACGGUGGGUCUGUUCGGGGUUCUGGCGUCCGCGCUCAAGCUGCCGGAGGCCGGCAAGAUCGAGCUCACGGAGGCAGAGCAGGACGUUGUCACAGCCGGGAUUUUCUUUUAG